AGUUAUAAGCUUGCUUCGGGAGGCCCUGGAUCAGAUUUUAUAACCAUGGAAUAUACAACGUCGUACAGGAAUCCUUGGUUGAAGUCAAUUCCAUUUCCACAAGCAAUCACACCCAAUGACCUUAUCUACAGACUGAUCCAAAAAUAAAUAUUUUAUCCAAAUCCGAAAAAUCUGCUAAUCAUCAAACUUUCAGAUUCUCUGCAACAAGAAGAGAAGCCACGUAACAGCAAAAGCCCUCUUCUGUUUCCUCUGUAUCAAAUCUGUUUUGAUGAUUUUGUCCUCUGACACUGCAGAAGAGACUAAACAACCAGCCAUGAGUACUACUGCUGCUGAUGCAAAAGCUGAAGACUUUGAACUCAACAAUGGAACCAUACGUGUAACUGUUACCAACUACGGUGCCACCAUCACUUCUCUCUAUGUCCCUGACAAGCAUGGGAAAGUUGCUGAUGUUGUCCUUGGUUUUGACUCGAUUGAAGCAUAUGUGAAAGACAACGCGUCUUAUUUUGGUUGCAUUGUGGGUCGAGUUGCAAACAGGAUUAAAGAGGGGAAAUUCCAUCUCAAUGGGGUGGAUUACUCUUUGCCUAUAAAUAAUGGGCCAAACAGUCUUCAUGGUGGGAAUAAGGGCUUUGACAAAGUGGUUUGGGAUGUUGUGGAGCAGAAAGAUGGUGAGCAACCAUCGAUUACCUUCAAGUAUGAAAGUCAUGAUGGGGAGGAAGGAUACCCAGGGGAUGUUAUUGUGACCGCUACUUACACGCUUACUUCGAGCAAAACCUUGAGGUUGGAUAUGGAAGCAGUGCCUAAGAAUAAGACCACUCCAAUUAACCUAGCACAUCAUACCUACUGGAAUUUAGCAGGUCACAACUCUGGGAAUGUGCUCGAGCAUUUAGUUCAGAUAUCAGGAUCUCAGAUUACCCCUGUGGACAAGAAUUCAAUCCCAACAGGUGAACUCUUGCCAGUUAAAGGCACUGCUUUUGACUUCACUUCAGAGAAGAAAGUUGGAAGCUCGAUUAGGGAAGUCCCUGGCCUAGGGUAUGACCAUAACUAUGUCCUUGACUCUGGGGAAAAGAAGGAAGGAUUAAAACACGUAGCCAAAGUGAAGGACCCUUCAAGCUCCAGGGUGCUGAACUUGUGGACAGAUGCUCCUGGUGUGCAGUUCUACACUGCUAACUAUGUGAAUGGUGUUCCUGGGAAAGGUGGGGCUGUUUAUGAAAAGCAUUCAGGAUUAUGCUUGGAGACCCAAGGAUUUCCAAAUGCCAUUAACCAACCAAACUUCCCUUCUAUUGUUGUUGUACCUGGAGACAAGUACAAGCACUCAAUGUUGUUUGAGUUUCCGGAGGAGUAAUUUAUUAACCUGUACCAAGGAGCUGCCAGGUACUUUUUGUAUUAAUUGAUUGAGUUUUUUGGGUUUUUAUGACAGAAUUCUUAAAAAGAAUAAGUGAAAUUUCAUAAUUUAUUGACUCUCA